GUUUCAAAGUCUUGCCUUUUUAGUGAUUAUUGAUGCACUAUAUUUCCAGAAAUAACCAAAAGAAACCAUUUGGUGGACCUGAUUUAUAUUAUCCAGAAAUAAGGGAUAUUUCAUACUACAUGUAUCUUGAACUGACAUAAUUCAGAAAUUCUGGGAAAAUAUUUUGAAAUAUUUACAUUAGAUGUAUGUUUCAUUAUAAUAUGUUAUUCUGAUUGGCUACACUGCAAUCUCGUGAUAUUCCUUAACCAACUUCAUUAAACAAUAAAAUUUAUUAUUCAUGAUGACACAAGGUCCCACAAUAAAGUGCACAGGUAAAUUAAAAUAAAAAGUUGAUAAAAUCAUGUUUUCAUGAUCUUAGCUAAAAAGGUUGAAUGUCCGAUGUAAAAGCAUUAAUUGACCUUGCUUCAUACAAAAUGUACUUCAGUCAAUGCUUUUACACCCCCAAUUAAGUUACUAAAGCAAGCAUUCAUUUUUUAAUAAAAAAUAAAUAUUUGCCCACCUCAAUUGGAAUCUUAUUUUAUCAUUUCUUUUGGAUAUUUCUGGGAAUGUUUCAUCAUGAUUUGUCUGGAUCAAGGAUUGGUCAUGUUCAUGAUGUUGGUCCCAAUAUGUUACCCUGUCAAGGACACAGUUGACUUUAAGGGUUGUUUAACAUUAUGAUGAUCAUCUUUUAUAAUAGUAUUUUACAUGAUUUUAACUUACACUAGUUUAAUUGUAUGACAACAGCGAAACAAGAAGUUUGAACAAAAUUAACCUUCAUAUUAGACUGGGGUAAUCCGAUUUAAAAAAAAAACUACUCAUAACCUAUAAAGUGAAGAAUGGAAAUACUUCAACCUAUUUAACCAUGAACAAUAUUGGUAGAGCUUUUGAAGUUCCCUGAUGGGUACAGCAUUUGACUUUACAUUUCGUCUAUAUUUAUUACUACUAUUGGGAAAUGGACCUGAUGGAUAAUGAAGCAACACAGAAUUGCAGAUAAACACAAACAAAAGGUCAAAGUGUAUGAAUGCACACUGCAUCUAGUAUCAAAGAUAGACAACUUAUCAGGACACUAGCAAAUAUCAUCACACUCAAUUACUAUUGCUGAUACAAUGGAAAACGACAUUUUAGAUUCACUUGAAGAUUUAGGGUAUAGUGGACCAGCCCUAGAUGAUGGAGUUUUUAACAGUUUUGUAGAGAAUGGGCCGUGUCAACAACAAUUUUCUGAAUUAGUAACUUGGCUAACUGAUCAAAUUAAAUCCUUCACUGGAUUAGAAGAACAUGUUAAUCCAAUAACGAGUUCAGACGACUCAGCAGAGUUUGUCAUGGAGCUAAGUGGCUUUCUCCGAGAAUUGAUUUGUCCUUACAAUCAUUUGUAUGAAGGAGGCCCAGUUACUGAAAGAGUGAAUUCUAAGGAAAACAAACUACAGCUGUUGGAUUAUUUAACCUCUGAACUAGCUACCAUCCGAGUAUUAGCUGUUAAAAAACCUGGUCUUCUCAAAGCAGCAGAUCAGAAUAAACCAGAAGAUUUGAAAGAAAGUGAUGUCGCUAAGCAUUUAAAAUUUAUGUUGAUGGGAUUAAGCUUUCCUAAACCACCUGUAAAUGUAACAUCUUUUCAGUUAUUUAGCAAGGUUGAAAAUAAGAUUAAAGAAAUAUUAACAAAACAUCCUAUGCAGGUGGGUAAACCUUUAUUAAAGGCCCGCCUUUCUGAUAUGCAGUGGGAGCAAAUUUUUAAAAUAAACAAUUCCUUAUCGCUAGAAUAUCAAACAAGACGAGAAAUGUUACUUAAAAGACUAGACGUUACUAUCCAAUCAUUCAUGUGGGCUGAUAAUGCGAAGAAAAAGCAGAAUGAUAUAGCUGCAGUGUAUCAGCCGAUCAGAAAGUUGCUAACGGGGAAAACUUCUAUUAGUGUUGCACAAAUACUGGCAGCAAGGGAUGAUUUGACUCGAUUAGAGAAAACAAGCAGUGGUGAAGCAAGAGAUAAAACUAGAUGUGCAAUAAAUAAAGUUCGUAUUGCAAAGGUCCCAGAUAGAGGAGGAAGAGUAUGGGAGCAAGAGCCUCCACCUCCUGAAAUGCCAUCAUUUGUGAAGAGAGUAGAUCAGCCACAACAGCAAAGGCCACAAAGUGGUUACAAUAGUGGGCGUGGUGAUCGAGGACGUGGUGGUGACCGAGGACGUGGUGGUGACCGAGGAGGCGGUGGGCGUGGAGGCAAAGUUCAAGGUGGUUGGGGAGAUAAUCAAAGUCAACAGUUUGGUGGUCAGUGGAAUCAGGGAGGAGGUGGUGGUCAAGGAGGAGGAGGAGGAGGAUAUCAAGGAGGUGGUGGCUAUCAAGGCAGUGGAGGUGGUGGCUAUCAAGGUGGUGGCGGUGGUGGAGGUUAUCAAGGUAGAGGUGGAGGAGGACACAGAGGAGGGGGAGGUGGUUAUGAUCAAGAAGGACGUAGUGGAAGUGCAAGAGGCAGAGGUGGGAGGGGUGGUGGACGAGGAGGAAGAGGGGGGAACUAGAUAAAUUAUGUUAUUGCCUAGCUGUUGAAUUUUAUGAAACUUUAUGUUUAUAUAUUUUUUUUUCAAACUUUUUACAGAGCUAUUUGAUAAGCAUGAUAAGAUAUAAGUAGGGUUUUUUUGCUUACCCACAUACCAUUUGGCUUACAAUUUUUUUUCUUCAAGAAAUUCCAAAAUGGAAUAUUCAUGAACCUUAGUACUACAUGUACUAUAAUCAUUCAAGAAAUAAUUUUUGGUAUUGGAUUUAAAAACUUAUCACUAUUAUUUAACCUGUUAAUAUUUAUCUUGGUGGCAGGAUAAUUAAUUCACAUUUGUAUCUGGUUUCAUUUCUGUUUACAAUUAGAUUUUUGGAGCCAUAUUAUCUUACUAUGUAUAGUACAAGAAAUACUGGCAUCUAGUAUUUGCUACCAGUAAGGGUUAAAACAAUAAGAAUGUAGCAAUUUUAUAAUAAAAUAUGGAAAAUGAAUUCUACCAUAUCUAUUAUGAACCAAACAUUGAUUGUUAGAUAAGAUUGCCUAAAUGGAAGGUAUUUUCUUAACAUGUGUUCUGUUUAAACUCUAAAGUGCUAUAUUGUAUUCUAGCUGUGCUAUAUUAUGUGGGGAUGAUACAAGUAAUGAAGUUCAUUUUGCAUGGUGAUUUUUCAGCCUUGAACUAUUUGUCCUAUAUUUUCAACUACAACAAAUGUGGAGGCAACAAUGCAUUGUAGAAAUCAAAUAUUUUUAAAUUUUUCUUUGUUUUAAAUAUACUUACAAAUGUUCAAUACAAAGUAUUUUGAUAUAGUGUAGAAGUUGUUAUUUCAAGUUAUAUAUUAGAAUGAUUGCCGUAAAUACAUGUAGCAGAAAGGAGAAAUACAAAAAGGCUUUUAAAAUUGAAAACAACACAAGAAAACCAAAGUUAUUUGAUAUUUAAAUUUUAAAGUUGUUUUAUAUUGUCCAGAACAACAUAUUUUUUUAUGUUAAAAAUGUAAUUGAUAAAAAAUGAUUUUUUUGUCCUGUUUCUUAAAUGGAGAUUUUAAUUCUGAAAGAUCACCACUAGCAUGACUAGACUUGUUAUGAAUCAUGUUAUGUAAACAAUGUAAACUGUAGUUUAUUGAAUCUUUGAUUAUUAGAAUUUUUGUGUUUUGUAUCGAAGCAGGGUUUUUUUGUCACUAAUUUCAUGGUGUUCAGUAUAUGAUGGCUCAGCAACAAAAAUUUAACAUCUUAUAUUCAAAAAGUACAUGAAAUACAUUAAAGAGUAUUUUUGGAAAACAGAUAUGGAAAUCCUGAAAUUAAAACAGCACAAAUAGGGAUAUGUUAAAUAUGGAAAUCCUGAAACUAGAAAGGCACAAAUAGGGAACUCUUAAUGAAAUUUUACCCAUAGACAUGAUAGAAUAAUUUAUGUAAUUGUUUGUCCUGUGUAAUGCUGUUGAUGCAUGUAUUAAGUGUAUCAUUGAUUGUUAAUAAAGUAUUUGAAUUAG